AUGAAGACAUUAGCGUUCUUUAUGGGCUACAUCGCCAUUGUUGCGGCAAGUCCCCUUUUGAAACUUGAUAUUGGGAAGCAAAAGACUCCAACAGGGCCAUUCCAAUUCACCUCGACGUACAGCGUCAAGGUUGACCCAAGGGCUGUUGUCGACGCCAACAACAACCCUACCGGCGGAGUAGCCGGUGCGUCUGGGCUAUUUCAAUAUGGCAUCAACAGUUAUGAAAACAUCAUUUGCUACAAUCUCACCUUGGAUGGCUUCCGCGGUGAAUAUCAGUCGCCCGCUCUGACGGCUACUCACAUUCACGAAGCACCAGUAGGAAAGCCUGGACCACCACGUAUUGCAUUCACAAAUCCACAAGGCCCUGAAGGUGGUCGUCGAACUAGCAUUGGCUGCCUGAGAGGGCCGUUUCUCACUGGCGUAAGGGUGGACGGCAAGGAUACGGGUGAAGGAUUUCAUGUUGAGCAGAUUGAGAGAAACCCGUCUGCAUUUUUCACAGACGUUCAUUCUAGCUUGGCUGUUCCUGGUGCCGUUAGAGGUCAAUUAGACGGCAGAAACGAGUGCCAAGGCUAG